AUGUCGUCCGCAAACCGUGGCGUAGGCCCUAGCAGCAGGAGCAACAAACGCGCAAGGGACGAUGACGAUCUCCCCUCCUCAGCGGCGCAUCCGCCGUCCAGCCCAAUGGCCUCGUCACCACCUAUGCUCCCACAAGACGACGAUGCAGACAUGCUCGACGAUGACGACAUCAUUCGCGACGUAGACGAUCUGGACGAAGACGCAGAAGAGGCGGAAGGAAUUGAUUUGUUCGCCGACGACUUCGAGAACGACUACGGAGCCCGAGAGAACGAUGCCUAUGAAGGCCAGGGCAUCGAUGACGAAGGAGACUAUGAAGAACUAAGUCUCGCGCAAAGGCGAGAGCUUGAUGCGCGACUUAAUGCCCGCGACAGGGAGGCUAGACGUCGCAUGCCCGCUGCUUUCCUGCCAGACGAAGACGAAACGGAUGGCCUGGCAGGUCUGAUGGGACGUCGUCGUGUUCGGAGGAAUCGAUAUGACGAAGAAGACGACAUGGACAUGGACAACGAUAUCAUGAACGAGGAAUUGACGCUUGAGGCCCUCACCGAUGUGAAGGCCAACACCCUGACAGAUUGGGUGGCCCAACCUCAAGUCGCCAGGACCAUCGCGCGCGAGUUCAAGUCUUUCCUGACAGAAUACACCGACGAACACGGUCACUCAGUAUACGGAGCCCGCAUCCGAACCUUGGGAGAGGUCAACGCUGAGUCCUUGGAAGUCUCAUUCGACCACCUUGCCGAGCAAAAGGCUACCUUGGCAUACUGGCUGGCCAACACGCCCACUGAGAUGUUGAAGAUCUUCGACCAGGUGGCCAUGGAAGUCGCUCUCCUCCACUACCCAGACUACGAGCGUAUCCACUCCGAGAUCCACGUCCGUAUCACCGACGUACCUGUUCAAUAUACACUCCGCCAGCUCCGUCAAUCGCAUCUCAACAGUCUGGUUCGUGUCAGUGGAGUCGUCACCCGCCGAAGCGGAGUCUUCCCUCAACUCAAAUACGUCAAGUUUGACUGUACCAAGUGCGGCGUCACUCUGGGUCCCUUCCACCAAGAUUCAAACGUUGAGGUCAAGAUCUCUUUCUGCCAGAACUGCCAAUCACGCGGUCCUUUCACCGUGAACUCCGAGCGGACAGUCUACCGAAACUACCAAAAGCUCACUCUACAAGAGUCUCCAGGCACUGUACCGGCAGGACGCUUGCCCCGUCAUCGGGAGGUUAUCCUUCUUUGGGACUUGAUCGACUCGGCAAAGCCUGGUGAGGAGAUUGAAGUCACCGGCAUUUACCGUAACAACUACGAUGCGGCUUUGAACAACAAGAACGGUUUCCCAGUCUUUGCAACUAUCUUGGAGGCCAACUACGUUGUCAAGUCUCACGACCAGCUGGCUGGCUUCCGGUUGACCGAAGACGAUGAGAAGGAGAUUCGACGACUGUCCAAGGAUCCUCGCAUUGUGGACAAAGUCAUCAACUCGAUCGCCCCAAGCAUCUACGGACACACUGACAUCAAGACUGCUGUAGCACUCUCUCUGUUUGGCGGUGUCAGCAAAGAAGCUCCUGGUCGUCACUCGAUCCGUGGUGACAUCAACGUCUUGUUGCUUGGAGAUCCCGGUACUGCCAAGUCUCAGAUUCUGAAGUAUGUCGAAAAGACCGCCCAUCGUGCUGUCUUCGCCACUGGUCAGGGUGCUUCCGCGGUCGGUCUUACUGCUUCCGUCCGUCGUGAUCCCAUGACUAGCGAGUGGACGCUUGAGGGUGGUGCGCUUGUGCUUGCCGAUAAGGGUACCUGUUUGAUCGACGAGUUCGAUAAGAUGAAUGACCAGGACAGAACAUCCAUUCACGAGGCCAUGGAGCAACAGACUAUCUCCAUCUCCAAGGCUGGUAUCGUCACAACCCUUCAAGCUCGCUGUUCCAUCGUAGCAGCUGCCAACCCCAUUGGUGGUCGAUACAACUCAACAAUUCCUUUCUCGCAGAACGUAGAGCUCACCGAGCCUAUCCUGUCUCGAUUUGACAUUCUGUGUGUCGUACGCGACACUGUUGACCCAGCAGAAGAUGAACGUCUGGCCAAAUUCGUUGUGAACUCUCACGGCCGUGCUCACCCACUUGUCAACUCAGCAUACGGAUAUUCUGACAAGGCAAAGGCGACACAGAACGGCGACGACCAAAUGGAAGUCGACGGUGACGCACCAAUCAAGGAGGGUGAGAUUCCACAAGAUCUGUUGAGGAAGUACAUUCUUUACGCGAGGGAGAAGUGCAGACCCAAGCUUUACCAGAUUGAGCAAGAUAAGAUUGCCCGUCUAUUCGCAGACAUGCGCAGAGAGUCUAUGGCAACUGGAGCCUAUCCUAUCACCGUUCGCCAUCUCGAAGCUAUCCUACGUAUUGCAGAGUCUUUCUGUAAGAUGCGUCUCUCCGACUACGUGGCGUCGGUAGACAUUGAUCGCGCCAUUGCGGUUGCAGUUGACUCCUUUGUUGGAUCACAGAAGGUCAGCGCAAAGAAGGCGUUGGCAAGGGCUUUCGCCAAGUAUACUUUAAACAGGCCCGGCGCUGUUAGUGCACCGACCCGAGGAGGGCGGGCGCAAAGAGCAGCAGCAUGA